CCUAUAUAGAGAUCAGUGGUCUAGUCCUGCGUCACGUCAAAAAAAGAAAACGACAAGAAUCUGUAUCUUAGCAUUAAAAUAAUUCAACCAUGCAGUCCAUACUGAUUCUGUCCCUUCUAGUAGGGAUACUACUUGUUGUUCCAUCAUUAGUUGUAGAAGGGGGACUUCUAGGUGGCUUGGAACCUGCAGAUGAUCACGAUGAUGGGGUUGUCCGUGCGGCACAUUUCGCUGUCGUGGAACUCAACAAGAAAUCAAAUGCACUCUUCGCGAGCAAGCUGACUGACAUAAAAUCUGCUAAAAAACAGGUUGUUCAAGGAAUGAGGUACUAUCUUUCCUUUGAGAUGUCCCAGACCAAAUGCAAACUCAAUAAUGGCCUUGUCCUAGACCUAGAUUCAUGUGAAACGGAUAAUAAAGUGAAGCAGCUCUGUACAGUGAUAGUCUCUGAGUUCAUGGGAAAGAGUAAGCUCGAGGAGUACUCCUGCAAAACAGCCUAAGAAAGUGAGCACUUGGCAGGAUAGAAGGUUUUACAUGUAACUUGAUAAACAUGGUAUUUCAGAAAUAUUAAGAGCAAA